UGCGUGCCUUCGGAUCGUCGCACCAUUCUCGUGUGUGCUCGCAGAUCUCGCAAAGCUUGUCUAACGCCGCUAUCCGUAAGCUCUGAGGUGCUGUCAGAAGCUUCAGAGGAAGCUGAGUUGGUGGGAUUCGGUGACGUGAAGCUUGAGAACUAUCAUCAUAGGAUCAAAGGCGUGAUUGGAUUAUACCCCUUUGACACGGUCGUAGUUUUGCUUGCCGAGGUAGCAGUUGGGGGGUAGAGCAAUUCGGGGAGACUGUUCGGCACUUUUUUGGGGUGAAGGAAAUGUCCGAUUUGAUUAAGCAACUUGUGCAGCGGCAAUCGUUGGGUUGCUACUAGACCCCAGAAGUGGGUCUAUGAGGUUUGGUGCAUUCUGGAGCUUGAUUUUGGUGUUUGGAGGGUGGGAAUUGGGCACUGCGAAUUAGGUUCUACGCAUCGCGACUAGCUCUGGGUGUAUAUCAUGAGAUUAGACAUUCUGCCGAAACCCUAGUAGUUCCUUGGCCAUGCCUCCAUACACGCUUGAAAUCGAGUGCACAGCCUACUGCAGAUGCGGUUAUUGUUGCAAUUGGGAAUGGGGUCUGAGGCUACCAUCCGCAUUCCCAUUUUAUCUUGGAUUCUCCCCUUCAUUGAUGCCAGUGCGACUUCGUACUCGCAAGAAGGGCAAUAGAGAGCACCAGAGACUGCCUUUUUUCUGCAAGUGGUCUCCCGUGAUCAGGUUUUGGACGGCAACCACACAGAAUGGACAACCCUAUUAUGGCCUUACCUCAAAUGGCAGCUUUCCAGCUCAGGCCCGGCCACCUCUCUUCUCGAAGCUGAGUCUGAUGAACUACCAAAACCUACCAGCUCGUUUGCUAUUCUUUCCGUGGAAGCUUCUGCCACGCCAUGGCACCAUCGCCGCCGACACCAACUACUACCCGUUUGGUACCCGCAUGUUUAUUCCUGGCUAUGGAUGGGGCGAGGUAGAGGAUCGAGGGGGUGCAAUCAAGGGGCCGCAUCGCAUUGAUCUCUACCACCGCUCACACAAGACUGCCCUUCAAUGGGGUCGUCGCAAAGUUCAGGUUUUGGUUAUCAAACCAGGCCAAAGCAGAUUGGAUUCUAUGAACAUUCCCAGACCCGUCAAGUCAGCCCUCAAGGGCUUGAACUGGAUACGUUCUCUCCUAUUUUAGUUUCACCAUUUAAUUGCAUGAAAAUGUCUUACUGGAAGCAAAUGAGUGGUGAUUCUGCAUUGAUCGGAUCUCUAUAGGUUCAGUUCUUGAGCAGAUCCAAUUGUCGCAAUGUAUUCAUCCUUGUCACUGGAUUUCUCAAUGUGUAGCAAUAGAUAAGAAAGGUAAAGAUGCAGCUGUCUAUGAAACCAAAUUAGUGGCAAAAACUGUGAUUUUAAGGUUGGUAUAUCAUAUCUGGAGGUGCUGAACACAGCAGCAAUGGAAAUCGUAGUUUAUUAAUCAUUAUAUUAUUUCAAUUUUCUAGAAUACUAUUAGGAGGAUGAACUUAUUUUGCCGAGACUAGUGAUUGAUUUACUUUAGUUUUGUAUUCUACUGAAAAUUGUAUCUGGAACAUACGGAAUUUUUUUUAUCCAGGCUUCACGAGCAGAAGCUCCAUCGGUCAAAAAUAUUCCCGUUA